GAUUUCUCUUUGUACAUGCGAAGCUGUAUCACGAUACCCUUUAGGGUGCUUUCCUGUUUUGCGUUGCGUUGCUGAUACCCCCUUCAUGCUGCGGCUUCUGCGGCCUCUGAGUGACCACAUGCCUAAACGAGGCCAUUCUUUUCUUUGUGUUGGUUCAUGAGAGCGUCAUGGAUUCAGAAAAAGGAUGGAGUUUUUUUUCCCUUUUGGUGGUUGAUAGCGUUUGGAGCCACGGAACCUAAUCCUAUAUACCCCUCCUGGCAUCACUUUGUUUUACUGUCUUGCUUCGAGGGUUGCUUUGAUGAAGCUUGGGAAAAUACGGCGUGUGAUUGCACUUUAAUGUACAUGAGGAGGAUAAAGAGAGGGCAGAAGAUACAAAAUGAGGAGAGCCGAAGGAUAAAGCGAGGAGCGAGUGCUAUGCUAGCCUCGAAGUUAAUGUAUAACUAUGCAGUAUCAUUGAAGAUAUUUCCAGUACUUUGCCUCGCUUACUUGGUCAGAUCCAUGUAACCGUCUCAGCCUUAGCUAACUGUGGCUUGAUCAGAUCAUGUUGGAUGUGACAGAAUAUGGUGACAUGGCUCGGGUCGUACACAAGAUGGUAACAUUGAGGUAUAACAUCAACUGUUAAGUAGU